AUGGUUGGGGUGACCUCGUUUGCCGAUUUACCGCCAGAAAUGAUCGAGAAGAUUUUGGAAAAGAUCGACUGUCACAGCAUUCGGGCAGCACAAACUGUAUGUAGGCAAUGGCGGAAUAUUAUCAAUCGGAGGCGGCAUCGAAUGAAUCGACAACGUGUACAAGAGAUCUAUAUCACCGAUGAUCAGGAAGCGGCAGUGACGUUGACGAUCACACAUCUAUCACCAUCAUUUGAGAGCAUAUCGAAUGUAAAAAUAGCAGAAUAUAAGGAGCUCUUCGAUUGCCUUUGGAUAUAUGCACCCAAGAGGUUGAGCAUCAGUGCUACGAGAAAUGAACUUAGAACAGCUCUCGAAGGUAUUCCCGACUGGUGGUUUCUCAGCAUCCAAACACUUGGCAUCUAUGAGAGUGCAUGUGACAUCGACGCACUGUCCCUGGUGUCCAAAGCUCCCCAUUGUGCUUCACUCCGUAUUGAUCCCUGCUUCACCGUCGACAGCGUGACGUCGUUACUGGAUUGCAUGAGACAAAUUCACGAAUUGAAAAUUCGAACUAAGUCGAAGACGAUCACUGCCGAUGACACGACUAUCGAUGCGUUGAUACCAUUAUCAAUUGCCUGUCCCCAGGGAUUGCAGUCGUUCUGGGUCGAUUCCAUAUCUACGGAUUUUUCGCUAGCAAAAAUGUUUGAACUGUUCGAGAAAGGUCACUUUUCACCACGAUGUUCACUUCUAUUCGAGAAAGUGCACGGAUCCGAGUCAGCCCUUAGGAAUUGGAUUACUACCCAUGCUCAACAAGUACUCUACGCAUCCGAGCAGACAUAUAAUUUUGCCUAUCGUGACGUGGAAAUUGGUAUUUCCGUCGAGCAAUUCGUGCCUUAA